GAUUCAAAGCGGGCUGAAUGGUCGAUCAUUGGGCAAGAUGGCGGACGCACCAGUUGCCGUGGCCGAGAAAAGGCUGCUCGAUGUCAAGAUGGGGGAGCUUCCAUCUUGGAUCUUUUCUAGGGAUUUAACGCCCAACGGGAUCCUUGCCGCUAUCCGCAGGGGGCACGACAGAUAUUACAACAAGUACGUCAACGUGAAGAAGGGUGGUAUCGGAGGAGUCGCCAUGUUAUUGGUUGGUUACGUCGCCCUGAGCUACAUCUGGGAGUAUGAUCACAUAAAGCACGACCGUUGGAGGAAGUAUCACUGAACCCCAACCCCUCGGCUGACAGUGACCUCAGAUUGAUGCAUCUGUGCUGUGGCUCUUGCCGCACCUGUAGGCUUUCUGCUUUGUGUACACUAGACAAUAAUAAAAUUGAAUCAGCCCAGUGA